UUUCCCCGCCUCGUUGUUUUCUUUCGACACCCCUCUCUCUGCUGAGUUUCGAAUUUCCGUUGUCUUCUCCGAUUUUCCGGGAAGAAUCUGCGUUUUUUUGUUGGGAUCUUCAUACUCAAAUCGUUAAUUCGGCUAUUUCCGGGGUUUAGAGUACUUCCGGCUUCAAACGGCCAGUCGACUGAACAAAUGAGCGAAUUUAGGAGUUCUGGCAGCAACUAUUUCCCAUGUAGUCAAUCUAGAAAGAUGUCUAUCGGAGUGUUGGUGGGUUCACCGCCCGAGAGGAAUCUCGAGCCAAAUAAGGGUGAUGGAAAUGCUCUGCCUAGGGUAGAAAAGUUGAACUCAGCUACGGCAGCAGACUUGGAGAUGAACAAGAAAGAUAAAAAUAACUCAGCUGUGAAUCACGUGAAUCCAGCUCAGGCUCCAGAUCAUCUGACCUCACCUUGGAGGUCUCCUAGAACCUCUUAUAAAAAAUUGGGAACUCUAGAGAAUGUUCUUUCAAAGCAAACUUCUAAUUUGUCUUACAGCAAAGGAACAUGGAAGGGACUUAAUGAAGUAAAUCAGGCACCAGCUGCAUACUCAGUUCAGAGGCAUCCAGUCGCAACUUUUCAGUCCAACGAUUGUAAGUCAAACCGUUAUGUGAGGAAGAAAGGAAAUGGUGGACUAUCAGAGAGGAUGGAGGAGUCUACACCUGUAGUCUCACAGGAAAAGGUUACAUCAGAGGGGAUGGCCAUGGAUAAACCAGACAAUGCUGAAAAUGGAAGCACUGAUGCUUUGAGAACAAAGCUGUGGGAGAUACUUGGAAAAGGUUCAUCACCAAAAAAACAACAUUCCAAUUCUGAGGUCCCAGAAGUGGUAGAUAACAACUCAGAUUUACGACAGGACAAGGAUCCAAAUGGUGAUCCACUUGUCAAGCCUAGGCACAAUUCAGAUCCUAUUGAAACUGAUUCUGAAAGCCCUGUAAAUGCGACCCAGAGACCAGUAACUAGAUCUUUGUUGCUGAAGAGAGUUUCAGGUAAAGAAACUCAGAAGAAACCCAAAGCUGGAGCAAACUUAGGUCGCAAAAAGAUAGAACAAGAAAAUAAUAUAUUCUCUUUUGAGGAAGGGUUGCUGGGGAAAAUUGAUCCUGCAAUGAAUGUCAGCUCCAUGCCAAAGAAACAAAAGACAGGGAGAAGAACUGUUAACCAAUGCCGAAAGGCUCACUCUCUUGAAAAGGUUGAUGCUGAAGGGAUUCUGAGAGAAAAGGAUAAGCAUGAAAUUCUACCUUCUGAGAAUGUGAGAGCUGAUAAAACGUCUUCAUUGUCUAAUACAAAAGGCCGUUUUGGUGGUUUUGCUUACAAGGACAAAGCUCCUUUACAGAAACUGCAGAGUGACAUCAGGGAAGAAGAUUUUCAUCAACCACAAGCCAAGGAAACAUCAACAAAACCAGGAAUUUUGCGUGGAACAUCAGAAAGCCGGGGUAAACAUGAAGGGCUGAGUAAUCCAUUCAAGGAAAAUCCUGUCGAGCCACUAGAUGAUUUCCAUAGUCCGACGCUAGGGUAUCCAACCCCCAUCUGUAGUCCCUCUCCUUGCUUUUCUCCUGCAGUAACUCCAUCACAUCUUUCGGAUAACAGUCCCAUGCUAGAAGAGACAGAAACACCUAUAUUUAGCUUUGGAACCAAGAAAAAUUCCCAGACAGCAUGCCAAGCAACAAAUACAGAACAGGAAUCAUCUGAUUUCUUAGAGAAGAGCAGAGAUUAUCGUUAUAGGAGAGAUAGCUCGGCUGAGCCAAUUGAAGAUUCGGUAGGCCUGUCAGAGUCUUCAUCAGAUGAGAGAGAUUCAAAUGGAUCAGAAGAAGAUUCACAUGCAAUGAGACAUUACCACUAUUCUGGAGAAGAAGAAAGACGAAACUCUCUGCAUGGUUGUCGUAGGAAAUCUUUGUUUGUAUUGCACUCUGCUCAAAGAAACUCCAAUCCUGCAGGGACUAGGCUAGAUGAGCCAAGUCCUACUUUGUCUUCCCCAAAAGGGAUCCAUGAAACUGAUUGCUUCCCGGGGUCCUCAGAGUUGAAUGGAGAUGAUGGGUUGGGAAGGGCUAUUACACUCUUUGCGUUGGCUCUUCAAAACUUCGAGAAAAAGCUGAAAUCUGCAGCUAGAAAAAGGUCCUCAGAAAUUAUAGCAUCAGUCUCCGAGGAAAUAAAUCUACAGAUGGGGAGUGUCCAGUCCCAUAUCCUUACAGAUGUGAGAAAGCUGAGUAACCUAACAAAAACAAAGAGGAAGCACGCUGAGACAAGAGUCCAAGAGAAACAAGAAAAACUGAGGAUGAUACGGGAGAAAUUGAAGGACGAGAUAAGUCAUAAUCUUGAAGAUUUCAAAAGUAGUAUUGAAGAGCUUGAGGCAAACCAGACAGAGUUGAAAGGAACUAUAAAGAGGCAAAAAGCAUCGCAUCAGAAACUUAUCACCCAGUUGGAAGGAGAAGUUGAGGCGCAACUCGUCAAUGCAACGAGAAGAAUCAGUGCUGUUAACGAGUCAGCAAGAGCAAAGAUGGUCCAGCUGAAGAAAAUUGUGGCAGAAUGCUUCAAGGAUGAAAUGGUAUAUGGUAAGAGUGAGUGACAUGUGUUAUUAUCCUCUCCGGACAAGACAGACAGCAUCAGAGCCGUUUCUGCGACCAAUUACUUGGGUAAGUCCUUCUCUUUACUUACUUGGUCAUGAGAUUUAUAUCUCUCUCUCUGACUCUUGCUUCUACAAACUAUCGUUUUCUUGCUGGGUCUUAACCUUUUUAUGUUCUUAGGUUUGGUUUAAGUGAGUGAGUGAGUAGUUUGUUAUGAACUUUAGACCAGAGGAAUUUUGUGUAGCCGUUUGUUAUAACAUUUCUCCAAACUUCACGCCAAGUGCACAGUGUCGGUCCUGAUGUUUAGAAUCAAAAAUCAAAUGCGCAAAAAAGGACAACAGAGUGGGGGACAAGAAUAGACAACGGGAAGGGGAGAGGAGGUUGUUGGAUCACGCGGAAUCACGUGAACCGCACGCUCCCUCGUACCCCACCUCCUCUGUCUUUCCUCUUUUUUUUUUCCCUUGUUCUUUGUUUGUAUGCAUGUAUGUAUGAAAAAACAGGAAGGCAUGUAUAGGAAAGGCCAGGUGUUCGGAUGGGAGUCGAAUGUCGGGGCCCGGGAACGUUUCUUGAUUGUGGGGACCUUUCACUUGGGUCCGUUUAUCACUCAUUUCUUUGAUCCCCUUCUCUCCGAAUAAUAUUCCUUUCCAUCUCUCAGUUUACAUAAUUUUGGUUUAUUCCCUCCAGUUUUAAUUUUAACUAGUCAUCUUACAAAAAAUGAUUUUAUUGUCACUUUUUUGUAGACCUGCGCUUUUACAUGAUUUGAGUCGACGGUGUACCUUAGCCUGUAUUUCUUGAAUUUGUUCGUCAUAACCA